UACUGCGGUGACGGAGCCCCUUUAGCACCAUGACUGACGUUCUGUGGAUUACCUUCUCUGGAUUAUAACAGACGAAAGGAAAAGGAAGGGGACCAUGGCGGAGAGGUUGGAAUGGGUGGAGAUCAUCGAACCUCGCACUCGCGAGCGCAUGUAUGCCAACCUGCUGACGGGCGAGUGUGUAUGGGAUGCGCCAGCUGGCGUGCACAUCAAGCGCAGCGGCCCAGACCAGUGGUGGGAACUGUUCGACUCCAACACCUCACGCUUCUACUAUUACAAUGCCUCCACCCAACGCACUGUCUGGCACCGCCCACAUGGAUGCGACAUCAUCCCUCUUGCCAAACUCCAGACACUCAAGCAGAACACAGACACACCGCUUCCUGUUGCUUCGGUGAUAAGUGGAUCAGCUGACAGUAGCCCUGCUCGCAGUGCUGUCAGCACCACGUCUUCACAAGAGCAGGAGGAUAAAACGGCACCCAGGGAGGAAGGAGAAAGUUUCAGAUGGGGGACAACAAGUAAGGACAGGAUGUUGAUUAAAGUAUCUGACAGGGAGCCCAGUUUCCUGUCACAGGGCAACGGUUAUUCCAGUUCUUCCCCACGCUCCAGACGCUCAUCUAGUAACACCCUGCCUGAGGCAGAAAACACUCCUCAUGCUUUGCCUGACCGUCGCCAAUCACAGUCUCCCUUUCUGAAGAGAGCUGACUUUGGUGGAACUCAGCGGCGUUGUUCAGGUGACUCUCAGCCUCCUUCGCCACGUUACGCUUAUGAACCUCCACUCUAUGAAGAGCCUCCUUCUGAGUAUCAAUCCCCACCCAUUUAUGAAGAACCACCCACUGAUAUGCAUUGUGACCCUGCCCUUUAUGCCUCAGAUAGGUCGCCUGCACGCAAGCCUGGCCUUUACCAUUCUCCUAAACAGAGUCCAUCCCCUUAUGGUCAGCUGGUGUUGACUAGACAAAGAGGCUCCACCCCUGAGAAGAUCUCCAACCAGGCAGAGCGGGACUACAAUUUUAGUGGGCGGGAUUAUAGUUCUGCAGGGCGGGACUAUAGCUCUAGUGGAAGGGACUACAGCUCUGGUGGCCGUGAUUAUAGCGCCGGUGGGCGGGAGUAUAGCGCAGCAGGGCGGGAGUAUGUCAAGCAGCUUGUGUAUGUAGAACAGUCAGGUUCUUCUCCUAGGUUCCGGACAACAGAUCGAUUUUUAAGCUAUGGAAAGGCUGCACAAGGUGGUCUACCAGCAGGAAUGUGCUAUGGUGGCUCUUUUACACUUCAGCACAGCCAUGAAAGUGGUGGUGGUAAUCGAAAACGUAAAAAUCGUAAACCCUCUUUGCCUGGUGGGGAGGGAGAGAGUAUUGGGACAGGAGUAGGAGCAGUACUCACACAAGCACGGCUUGCCUGGGAAGCCCAGCAGCUCAUGCAACAGCGUGGAGGUGGUGCCUUGGGAGGUGGUACUAAGGAUGGUUAUGAAAGCGAUGGCGCAACACCUUUGCCACUGCCAGGGCCUGUGGUGCGGGCAUUCAGCGAAGAUGAAGCGCUUGCUCAGCAGGAUGGCCACUGGAAACGUACUACGUUAGACAGACUUGCAUUUCCUCAAACGCUGUUAGAGAAAAGUCUGUCUGUACAAACCAACCUGGCAUCACCAGAGCCUUACCUGCAUCCCUCACAGUCGGAAGAUCUUGGUGCAUGCUCACAGUUUGAGGCAAGUCGGAAUGCUCGAAACAUGAUGCCCAGUGCUAGUUGUGGUGUGUUUCCAGAAUUCUCCCUGCGAAAGCCUUCUUCCGAGACUGAUAUUGAGAACUGGGCAUCUAAGCAUUUCAGCAAACACACACAGGGUCUGUUCAGAAGGAAGGUGUCCAUUGCAAACAUGCUGGCCUGGAGCAGCGAGCCCAUUAAAAAGCCCAUGAUCCACACAAUAGACCGUACAGUCAAGCGUGAGGCUGUGGAGCUCUUCAAGCACAUCCAGACUUACAUGGGGGACAGAAAGGGCAAAGGUGAGCCUCUGGCUGUGGCUCUGGAGAUUGCAGUACGUGGCUGGAGCAACCAAGGCCUCCGUGAUGAGCUGUACAUUCAGCUGUGCCGGCAGACCACAGAAAACUUCCGUUAUGACAGUUUACAGAGGGGCUGGGAACUUAUGGCCAUCUGUCUCGCUUUCUUUCCUCCUACACCGCGCUUCCACAACUACCUGGAAGGUUACAUUUACAGACACAUUGAUCCACUGAACGACACCAAAGGAGUGGCUGUCAGCAGCUAUGCGAAGUACUGCUACCGCAAAUUACAGAAAGCUGCACUGAUGGGAGCGAAAAAGGGUUUGAAAAAGCCUUGUCUUGAGGAGGUAGCUUAUGCUCGGAAUGCCAUCUUUAGCCCCUCUAUGUUUGGCUCUUCUCUGGAAGAAGUGAUGGCAAUGCAGAAGGAGCGCUACCCUGACCGACAGCUGCCAUGGGUACAAACUCGUCUGUCAGAGGAAGUGUUAGGCUUAAAUGGAGACCAAACUGAGGGUAUCUUCAGGGUGCCUGGAGAUAUAGACGAGGUAAAUGCGCUGAAGUUACAAGUGGACCAAUGGAAGGUGCCAACUGGGUUGGAGGACCCACACAUUCCUGCGUCAUUGUUGAAGCUGUGGUACAGGGAGUUGGAGGAUCCAGUAAUUCCUCAUGAGUACUAUGAAGAAUGCAUCUCUAACUAUGACAGUCCUGAAGCUGCUGUCAGUGUGGUCCAUAACCUUCCUCACAUCAAUAAACUGGUGCUCUGCUACCUCAUCCGUUUCUUACAGGUUUUUGCUCAGCCUGCCAAUGUGGCUAUCACUAAAAUGGACGUGAGUAACUUGGCAAUGGUGAUGGCCCCCAACUGCCUGCGAUGUCUGUCUGACGACCCACGCAUCAUUUUUGAGAACACACGCAAAGAGAUGAGCUUUAUCCGGGUGCUUAUUCAGCACCUCGAUACUAGCUUCAUGGAUGGAAUUCUAUAGUCCACCUUAUUACACACACACACACACACACACACACACACACAGACAGACACACACCUAUAUACCCCGGCAUAUUCACCACUCAUACAUAUCGAUGACACAAAAAUUGAAAACAUAAUAUAUGGACAAGCAAAACCCAGUCUGUAUAGUCAGCUGUAGAACAUGAGGCAUGAACCCUAAUUACUGCACUGACACACACUCUCAAAAGCACAAAUUGAAUCUGAUUGACAUCCAAACGCAUACAGACACACUUAAGUAACACAUACAUUCCAUUUUAGCCCCUUUUAUAAUUUCUGAAUGUGUUUGACUAGAGAGGAGAAUGUAUAGCAGUGUUUUUGUGUGUAUGUUUGUUGAAUGUUGUGUGGAAAAUGUGUGCGUUUUGUUUUUUACCUA